GCCAGCACGCUGGGUUUUCGACAUGGGCUGCACAAGCCACACCAGCGGGGCGCGGCUGCGAUCGCCGCCAGAAGCAGAUCUUCGAGGCUGCGUGUCGGCUUGGUUUUGCACACACCCUCCCAGCACCAACGCAGCCAUGUCGAGGCCCAGAUGCUUCUUGGAUAUCCAGGUCGGCAGCGGCCCAGCCAAAAGGAUCGAACUCGAGCUGUUUGGCGAUGAGGUUCCCCGGACCGCCGAAAACUUUCGUGCCCUGUGCACAGGCGAGAAGGGGCGCAGCUCUGCCUCUGGCAACGUACUCCACUACAAAGGAUCCAAAUUUCACAGGAUCAUCAAAGAUUUUAUGAUCCAAGGCGGAGACUAUACCAGAGGCGACGGAACCGGUGGCGAAAGCAUUUAUGGAGCUACCUUCCCGGAUGAAGCGCUCAAGCGCAAGCACGAUAGCCCUCUUCUCCUCUCGAUGGCGAACCGUGGGCCCAAUACGAAUGGGAGCCAGUUCUUCAUUACCUCACGGCCUACGCCUCACCUCGAUGGGAAGCAUGUCGUCUUUGGCCGCGUCGUUCGAGGCGAGGCAGUCGUUCGCGAGAUCGAAGAUCUGCCGACCGACAAGCACAACAAACCGUUUGAGCCUGUGGUGAUUGUGAAGUGUGGCGAGCUGGAGCGUAUGGGAUCGCCUGAAGUGCGCCCAGCCCGAGCCCCUGAAGCUGCUCCAGCCACGGAUAUGCCUGAGAGAAGACUUCGUCGAAAGAGAAGCCCUUCGGUCAGCUCGGUAUCGUCUGCCUCGUCAUCGUCAACUUCAUCUUCAUCAUCGUCGUCGUCGUCAUCGGCAUCGGCAUCGUCAUCGGCAUCCUCCUCCUCUUCGUCGUCGUCGUCGUCGCGUCGAUCCAAGCGAACGACCAGGAAGCAGAAGCAGUCGAAACGAGCCAAGCAUUCGAAAGUGACGGCAAACUCUUCGGAAGUCAACAACAGCGCUGCUGCGACCGAGACAAAGAUAUAUGACUUUGACGAGCCCAGAAACUGGCUAGACCGAUCAUACGAUUCGAGACGGCCCGAGCGACCUCGCUACCAGGAUCGAGACAGGAACCGUAGCCGAGACAGGAACCGUAGCCGAGAUCGAGACCGUAGCCGAGAUAGGAACCGUAGCCGAGAUCGAGAUCGAGAUCGAGACCAGGAUCGCGACGGUCGCUUUGACGGUCACGACAGACGCACCGACGUUUUUUCCCGUCUCGGGGCUGGCAAGGACGGAUCCAGCGUUGUCCGGCACGACAGAGAAGGACGCAUUGUCAAGGGACGUGGCAGCUUGCGCUUUGGCUCCAGAUAGCUAUCCUGGGCGUGUGUUCAUGCCGCACAUCGCCUGGCCUGGACAGGGAUUCGACAUGCAUGCAGAGAGAGAGCGGCGCGAUUGUGGAUGCGGAGAAUACAGACGUCCAGAAAGAAACGGGACAGUCACUCUCUGGCAUCAACGAGACAAGUCUGCCGAUCCGGAUGCUCCAGUGAACAAGCCAUGCGAU